AAUCAGCUUACAUAUAACUAUAUCUCUUGAGUCGGGGUAGAAGUGGCAGGAUUUCGUGCAGAAGCGCUAGGGUCAGGGGGGAAUCUCUCCGGUCGUUUUUUCUUUGUUUCGUCAAACUCAACGUGCACCCGUUCGUCCUCCCAACCGAACCCGCCGAAACCUAACAAUCUCAAAGAUGACCUCGACAAUCCGAUCGCUCGUCGCCGGGGCAAAGAAGCUGGCCUUGGGAGAGUCCCCGGCGUCCAUGGUGGACUUGUUUCCCAAGACAGAUCCCGCCGUUGACGGCGAUGCCUGUACGCACGACUGCGAAAGCUGCCACGUCCAGUAUCCGCGUGGUUUCAAGAUCGAUGAGACCGAUCCGCUCUAUGGGGAGGUCAAGGGCUGGAGUACGCAUGUGCUCGUCGCGACGGGGAAAACAGACUGGGUGAGAGAUGUGGAGGACGAGAAGGGGAGUGUCAUGGAGGCUAUCGGGAGAGCGAAACCCCCGACAAAUGGGAGAAUGAAGCUUUCGGCAUCCAAUAUUCCCACGCCCCAUGGAAACAGCAGUUACGAUCAACCGACCACCGUCUUACUACUCCCCGCUUUCACCAUCCUCGAUAAUGUCACCCCGCAGAACGUGCCCACGCUCAUGUCCGAGUUCGUCGAGAAGGCGCCGACCACCACAUCCCCGCUUAAAUCUGCGACCCUAGAUAAAAGCCCAGCGCCUUCUACUGAUCACUCUCCUUCUCUGGCUGUCGAAAUUGCCAGCCGUCCGUGCCCUCACAGUGUCCUCAUCUUGCUCUGCUCUCAGAAGACCAGAGAUACACGGUGUGGCCAAUCGGCACCGCUUCUACGCAAGGAACUAGAGAGACACCUCCGUCCGCUGGGCUUGUAUCGUGACUUGGACGACACACGGGCUGGUGGUGUGGGGAUCUACUUCAUCUCGCACGUGGGUGGACACAAGUACAGCGCAAACGUGAUGGUAUACAGGCGUCCAGAUCCCUUCGGGCUUGACGGCAGGCAAAGGGCACAGGAAGGUGGCGAUUUGAAACCAGUAAUCAGGAACACAGCUGCAGAGGAGAGUGGCGGCGUGGGCGCCGCGCAGUGUAUCUGGAUCGCUAGGGUGAAGCCGGAGGAUUGCGAGAAUAUCGUAAGAUACACCGUCUUACAGGGCAAGGUGGUCAAGCCGGAAACACAAUUGCGUGGAGGCUUCGAUAGAGGAAGGGGAUUAUUGAGCUGGUAGGCUGUUGCUAUGGGAGGGCUUUUGUAACGCUUCACAUUUGCGAAAUCCCGUGAGAUUACGCUGGGUGACCGACUCAAUGGUGAUGCUGCUUAUUAGUGGCAGUUCAACGCCUCUAAUUAUGCCAAUUGACGACGGGAGACUUCAGAGCAAAGGAACGGAGAUUAAUUCAGGUACCCCACGAAGACCUGGGAGG